AUGAAGGAGCAUGGAGGGACUUGGCACAUGGAAGCAGCUCAACUGGAUACGCAAAGGAAGAAGGGAGAAGCCAUCUUGAAGACCAGCUCGACCGUCUACUCGACCAACCGGUCGAGUUCCUCAACUCGACCGGCCAAGCUUCAACUCGAUCGAGCUGAGAAAGGGGAAUGGAAACCCUUUGGGAAUGGACUCGGUCGAGCUAGGCAAACUCGACCGAUUGGUCAAGGAGAUGCUCCAAACCGCCACCAACAGAGACAAGGGAUUGUUCCACCACCAGUGCAGAACCACAACUUUGAGAUCAAGCUGGGAAUGAUCAACCUUGUCCAGAACAAGAUGUUCCAUGGAUUGCCAAGUGAAGACCCCAUUGACCACCUUGAUGAGUUUGAUAGGCUUUGUGAUUUGACAAAGAUCAAUGGUGUCUCUGAAGAUGCCAUCAAGCUGAGACUCUUUCCUAUGUCUCUAGCUGACAAAGCUCACCAAUGGGAGAAGAGCUUGCCCCAUGGCACAAUCACCACUUGGGAUGAAUGCAAGAAGGCCUUUCUUGCUAAGUUUUUCUCCACCGGUCGCACAGCCAAGCUUAGAGGAGAGAUAUCCAGCUUCAUCCAGCGAAACAAUGAGACAUUCGCAGAGGCUUGGGAGAGGUUCAAAGGCUACACAAGUCAGUGCCCACACCAUGGAUUCAACAAUGAAUCACUACUCUCCACUCUUUAUAGAGGAUGCUUGCCUAGGUAUAGGGAGAUGCUAGACACAGCUAGCAAUGGGAACUUCCUCAACCAGGAUGUAGAUGAUGGCUGGCAACUUGUGGAGAACAUAGCUAACUCAAAUGGAAGCUAUGGAGAAGAGUAUGAUCGCACCAACGGAGCUCGACCCACCACUCGAUCGAGUCAGACGAAAAGUUGA